UUCAGCAGACGACUGAAACUGAUCAGAGUCCCGUUGACACGAAACUGGAUGAUAAACAGGAAGCAACAGAUAUACAGAGACUGAAAAUAAAACUUAACGAAGCGGGACGAUUUCACUUUUUAAAUUCAUACGUCACGCAUGGUAUGAGAGGUGAAAAGACGUGUGUCAAAUGUUAAGACUCGACGAGCUGUCUACAUGAGAAUAUUAUGUUGUGUUGGAUAGAAUAUAAAUCAAAUUGGAAACAAGAGGUGGCCUUGUGGAAUCCCCGGUUUGUGAGACUUACUGGUAUUGCCUGUAGAGCAGUGCUGGCGACACCUGGAAGAUUGACAUCUGUGUGUUAAAUGGCCUUUGGCUAGCUUUGUAUCAACAUUUUUUCAUUUACUGAUUUGUUUAUUGUUUUCAAAACAAGGUAGUAACCACUCCUGGAUUAAAGAAACGUGUUUUAGGUCUGGAUCCUGCUCACAAGGAAUUGGUGUAUAAUUUCCUAACUAAAGGAUUUAAACCAAAUAAGUAUAGCCAAUGACGUUAAAUAAACGACAUGCUAUGGACAUUGAACUCUACAAUACCUGCCAGUAGGGAAACUGUACUAUGUAAGUGAAAUUAGAAGAAUGCAGUAACGUAGAACAGUUAGUGCGUUACCCUCUGGCCGAGUGGGCUGCACACCGUCAGUAUUAAAUCAUGCAUAUUGUUUCUUUGGCAAUAACAGCUUGUAUUCCGUAAAUGUACCAACACUCGCUGAAAUAAAGACGUGAAUGCCAACUGUUAUGCGAUGAACUGAAACCCUCACCUGCUGCAAAUCUAGGUUGUCUACAUAUAUUUAUAAGUACACAUAUGUGAAACGUAACUACGAUGUAAAGGAACCUGUACCACUGAAAACGAUUAAGCCUUGGGCUCUAAUAGCAUCGUCCACUUCCAACCACGGGACAGUUUUGGAUCGUCUGAGAACGGUCUGAGAACGGCGAAUACACCUCUAGAUUGAUCUGGAUAUUGAACGGACAUCAGGUUCUAGGUCAAGUCGAAGCUUGACUAGACGACCACGUGACCGGUUUGGAACUUAACUAAGAUACAAUGACACAAACUGCUCCAAUUUGACGAUACAACAAGCCAAUGGAGACGGAGGAACUGGACGAUCUGGCUGACGUACAGUCUAAAGUCCGCAGCAACUUCGUCUCAAAAUUCUCUCUCUUCAAACAACAUGGCGGCACGUUGUCAGCGCUCGAUUCUAACACAGGGUUGCCUCCCCCUACCUACAGCAGACAGAUGUCUCAUAGAUCAUCGUCUUUGUCAUCUUUGUCGACAGAUUCUGGGUUCCCAAUGUCCUGUGGUUCCCCCUCCCCCACCACUGAUGUUACUUGUUUCGAGGACAUUGACCGGAAGCUCCGACGAACGUCAAGUACCAUGACGUCACCGAUAUCACAAAAAACAGUGACAUCGUACAAAAGUCUGCCGUCACCAACACGCUUCAUAUCUGUCUUCACUCCAAAGUGCAAUUCUAGUUCAGAGCGUUCCGAUAUAGAAUCGUCAUUUUCUAAAUUUCAAAAGUCCAAAUCGCUUUCGAUGUCGAAUUUGGCAACACCAAAACUUGUGCUUCACUCACAAGAAUUUGACAGCCAAUCUGACGUGUCUAAAACUUCGACUGUUGAUAAUGAACAGAGUUCUUUUCAUCAAAAUUGCUCAAUUAAUCCGUGUUCUAGCGCUAUUGAAAAGGAACGGAAUGCGUCACUACCAGUCAGUUUUACGUUUAGAGAGUCGCGUCCUGCAAAGCAUUACGCAGACAAAACACAAGCUGACGACAUAAGGUCGGAGAAACAUUCCAAUAGGGACCAUUGUAGCGCAGAUAACGUUUGUGAAAAGUCUCGAAAUUCUGACAUGUGUGAUUCGGCAUACCCUCUUAAAACAUCGUCUCCUAGAGUAUCCCGAUCGUCUCGUCCUAUUGGGUUUCCCGCGGAUUUUCGGAAGUCCUUUGCCUCCUCUAGUCAUGAUGUGUCCGAUUGUUCCCAGCCCUGUAGCCGCGAUACUAUGACCGCGCAACUUAAUGCCAAGAAUGCGGUUGAAUUAAAUUAUGGCGAUUAUUCAGACAUUGACACUGUGAAAGUCAGUGCCCCCGCACAACAUAAUCCAGAGAGAUUUUUAAAACGUUCUAGCUGUCCAGAUCGAGCUGUUACUGACUCCUCAAUACCUGGUGCUGACCACAGGAAUUUAAAAGCAGAAAGGACUGGGGAAAACCACACUGGACAUCGUGAAGUCCGCCAUACGAGUAUUGUGAACCAACCAGAGUUUCAUACAAGACUACCGUUUACGAUUUCAAAAUUUGAGGACACUUCGAAAACAGUGAGGAAGAGAAUUCCGCCUGGAAUGGUUGCAGACAUGAGGCAAAUGUUUUCUGCACCAAUUAGAAGGCGACAAACCAUGCCGGUUUUAUCGGAUAUAAAAAAAUACAGAACUUUGCAAACUUUUGAUUUCCCAACAGUGUCGAAUAGCGGCGGCAUUAGUGGUGCUUCAACAUCGGAAAUGACUUUACCCGGAAGUUUCUCGGAAACAGACGAAGGUAAGGCGGAAAAUACAGAGCGUUAUUGCAGUGGUGAUUCUAGUCCUGGAGGAAAAGGUGAAGUUGUUGCAAAAAAUACAAACUCUGAUGAGAAUGGCAUGAAAGUGGGCUUACAAACAUCACAAAAACCAGACGAUUUUAUUAAAAAAUGUGUUGUUACGAAUGAACCCAACAACGAAAGUGACGAUAACAUUUCAGACGACAGUGAAACUGUGGAAUUUAGUCCUGAUUUAGAAACAUCUGAAUUAAACUUCUACAUUAAAAAUGGCAGUAUAUUGAAUGAAGACGACGAGGAAAGUGACAAUGAUACUUCCGAUAACGUUUUGGAGGAAUACUCCGACGAUUCUGAUGAUACUGUAGAAGAAUGCAAUAUUUAUGCUAGUAAAGACGACGUAACGUUCCGAGUCAGACAACCUGAUGACCCGCCCUCCAAACUGACUACCCCCUCCUACACAGACAACAUCUUAAGGCUCAGCAGAAACUCUCUAAAUUAUGAUGACGUAGAAUCGAAAGAAAAUAAAACAGACAAUACAUCUGAAUACAAGAAAAACGAUGAAGAAGCAAUGGAAAGUGUCCAAAGAUAUGGUGAUACGUCGUUUGAAACCAAACAAUUCGACGAGAGCAAUGGCAAUGUAGAUGACGAUAACAGGCCAUUCCACGUUCCUCGUCGAAAGGUAAAUAUGUAUUCUGUCAUAAACGAAUUCAGGGAUACUGACAAACAAUGGCGUCAAUCAAAUAUGUACACGUGCAUAGAUUUACACACGGAAUCACGCGAGGAUGAUAGCACCAAUACACAAACUAAGGGCGUGGACGUACAGCGUAACGACAGGAAUUUAGUCCACGUUGACAGAACGACCGGUUUACAUACCGAACCUGUAGCAAGUACAGGUGAAACAGAGAGUAAAGUAAAACGUCGUUUGAAGAAUGACAAGAAAAAUGAACAAAUACACCAGAAAGGUGGGAUAUACUGUUCCAGAAUCAACGUUUCACCUGUGGCCAUUGGAAAUAAAUGCACUGAUGGAGAAUUGUCCAUUAAUAACACGCCAACGAGGUCCCAUGUCACCUUUGAUAAACCGCGAGCAGACGAUAAAGUCACCGAAGCGUGUCCGACUGCGGGCGAAAGGGAUAAACCUGAAGAAGAUCACGUGGCCUUAGCGAAUAAUACAUCGCCACAGGUGGAAUCAAAACAGUGUCGUACUCCAACAGUCGUCGACCUAUCUAGUGUAUCCUCUACGUCAAAACCAUCGGAUUAUAACAGGGAUUGUUCUCAAGGAAUAGACAGCAUGCCUGAAAGAUCAGCUGGUCCGAACAAUAGCUAUUCUGAAAUUUCAGAAUAUUCAGGAGGAAAGAAAAUAACAACAAAAACCUCGACAACCGACGUCAAUAUGAAUGAAACAUCUGAGGAGGCAAAACAAACACUGGCAAUACUGACCGAGGCCAUGUCAAAACUAAACGGCGAUAACAACGACGAUAUCCUACCUGAGAUCAAGCAAUCUGUUGCUAAGCUAGACGGUGGUAAUCUGGUCAUAACGACCUUAACCCGUAAGAUUAUCGAGGAGGAGGAGGAGUCCGGCCGGGGAACCCCCCUCCCGGAUUAUAACGAUGUGUUUUACGUCAGGGAUCAUAAAGGAAAUAUAUAUAUGGUCGAGGAUUUGACAGAGGAUUCUCAGGAAAGUGCUUAUUACAGCUCCUCUAACGUAAGUCAGGAAAACGAUUACAAUAGAAUACACAACCUAAGGUCUGUUGGUCAGACCAACAUUGACCACGCCACAGCCGAAGAGGUUCUGUUAGGGCUAUAUAACCAAGGUCGGAGCGGGGUUCAAAUCGAGGAGAUCGACGAAAACGAAAAGCAACUCGUCGUUCAUAAAGGUAGUGCGGCUGUGGACUUAAAUAAUCAGUUUUCUGCAGAUAGCUCGUUUAACAGACAGAGCACCAAAUAUGAAUACGACAUGGCGAACGGAGGUUCACAGAUGCCGGCCCAGGCAGGGCCUCGCUCCACCUCCAAAAUCAAGACGAUCAAACAAUCUUACGAAAUGACGUCAGAUGGCAGGAACAAUAAAGAUGGGCAACCAACCGAAGAGGAUAUCAAAAUGGAGACAGAAGAAACGUCAACAAUUAAGAACAUGGAUAGUUCUGGGUGUAAGACUAUGUCAUCAAGCUUCCGGUAUCAGACCGAUGCCAGUCUGUUACCGCCAGUCGCACCGGAAACUACCGUCUGCGUAAUGCCUCCCCCUCCCAUGAUUCUACCUCCGGUACAGCCGAAGUUGGUGCAGCUUGAUAUGACACCGGUACUUCCGGUCAGCACGGUAGUGCCAUUGGUGUCCAUGGUUCCCGUGACAACCACCAAAGUCACUGAGAGGUCGAGCGACCGGAUCGUAACCAGUACGGAGGAUAACGACGCUAAAAUGAAACUUUCUGAGCAUGGGAGGCCCGUGUACAAAUCCGUAGCUCUCGUGAAGGGGCCGUAUGAAACUCCAAAAUGGCAAGUAACGAAAACAAAGACUGAAAAGAUUAAUGAAGACACAGAAGAUUCUAAGCGGUAUAAACUUGUGCGUUCGCACGCGUCUAACGAGACGCAACAGAGGGAAUUAUCGUUUCAGAAUUCCUCAUCGAGGUUUCAUGAGAUAAGCGGUUGCGUAAACAGAGCGACCGUCAACGAAAACCAGAACAUGUACAAGAGUGAAAAUGUGGUCCACAUGAACGGUGGUCCAGUGGUUGAACCCAAAAUCCACCGGACUAGGAUAGACGUAUCAUCGCCGCCGCUUCCUCGUAUGGACUAUGGGGAUGGAGGCAUGUGCGAAUAUUCGGAAUCAAACAAGAUCAUCACGACACAAAAACUUCAAUCGGAACCGGUAUUCCCCGCUCGGGUGCCAUCACCACCUAGGCUCUCAGCCUCAUCAGCCGAGAAAGACAUGAUGGUUGUGCGAGGGAAUAUUCUCAUAAAAAACACGAUGGAUCAGGGAUUGGAACAGUUUGACGACAAUAUAAACAUGUUUAGUAAGGGUUUUAGUAUGUGUAAACAGAAUCCGCUGUAUCAGAGUGACGAGGAUUUACAAAGACGGCUACUAGAGGAGGAGGAGAGGGAGCGAAGACGACAGAUGGACCAGGAAGUCGCCUUCGAAACAUGUGAUCGAUAUUCAAAGACUAAACAAGUGAAAAGAGACCAACCCCAGGCAGGCCGACAAACUUUGACGAGCCAGCUACUUAUGUCUAAACUCUCCAACAUCGAUGUGAAGGACAUACGUCAGCACAUCGAUGUACAGCACCACAACGAAGACAUCUACGGCGACGCGCGCUUCAUGCACGCCGACGGAAGUUUGGCUCAGGCCGGCGCCAACAACUUUGAUUCCGUCAACGAGAAUAUUGACCUAGUGAUGCGCGGUGGGAAAGCAUACAUCACCAUCACUGUGACGGCGGAGAGAUACACUCCCAUAGACAAAGAGUUCAACGUUUGGCGGAAGAGUCAGGCAGUCGUGACAAGGGUUAUCGAGAUUGAUUUCCUAGCCAACGAGCAGCGCAGACGACUGUACAUGAGUGUCAUGGAAAGGGCGGGAGAAUGUGAAGGCGAGGCUGACCGAAGCGCCUAUGGUGGCGGUUUCGGAGGUCAAGAACGUGUGCUCUCAACAAAAGAAACACUUGAUUUGUUUUCGGAAAUAAUGGAUGCUACGGAAGGGGAGGGGGAUCACGAGGAUAUUACUGUGAAAACUAAACAACAUAGAACAACCCUCCCACCUCAUGACUUUCUCUAUUGAAAUGCUGUCUAACCGACCAUACAAAGGGGGGAUCCAACCGAAUAUAAACAAAGAUAGCUGUAGUAAGUGCGGUUUGAUUCCUGUUUGUACUGGCUCGUGAUUACAAUAUCAAUGAGUAUACAGAUGCUUCAUGUACUAUACGGUGUGCUACGUGAUGUUUCUUGAAGUGAAAGCGCUACAGUUGUAAUAUGUAGCCUAACUGGUUCGGUAGUAGAAUUUAUUGCACUCGGAGACAAGGUGACUUAUUCUUCUGUCGUUUCGACAUGCAUGUCGCAUGCUCAUGUUCUAUUUGUGUUUUGAUCAUGAAAAACUUUCGCAAAGGAUUGAUUUCGGCCAUGUUAACUGAUCGAGAAGAAUUUGCGUUUGUGUGGUCUCCUGGCCACGGCACAUAUCAAGGCAACCACGUUGCCAUGACACAUGGCAACGUCGUUACGUCGCCAUGACAGAUAUAGCAACGUAGCAACGUCGCUACGUCGCCAAGAUAGAUAUUGCUACACAGUCUGGUAUUGGCUCGCGUGAGAUAGGCGGGGAAGCUCAUGAAAGUGUACAAUCCGAUAGUCUGACAAGUCGUCUGAUCAAGUUACCCACUACAUACAUUAUUUAUUAUAGGCGUGUGAGGAGAAGAUCAGUUCGGGUCCCCAUAGGCUCCUAAUCUCUGACCCCUAAAAGGUCGACUUCUAUCUGACAUUUCAAGACGUGAGGGUUAACUCCGUGUUGUGUUAUUAUAGCAGCAUAGGUGUUGAGGACAUUUCCACUGCAUAUUAAAGGGCAUUUACUAUUAAUUAAAUAGUCUAAAUUAACAAUGACCUUUAAAAUAAUCUUACAGAAAUAUGGGUAGAGGGACGUAUACUGACGUCAUCUCCUGUUGCUGUAACGUACUUAAUAGAUGAUUAUUUCUGACGGAUGUUAUUAUGCGGGGUCCUGUAUUGCACGGUUGUACUCGGAAGUCACGAGAGGCUUUACGACCGUAGGGAGUACAAUAUUGUUACAUUACAAAUAAUGUCUUCCUGCUACACUCGGUUGUCUGCUUCAUUACAAAAGAUAGGGAUGAUAUGAUGAUAACCUACUGAAAACUACGACGUUAUAUGUACGUAUAACCAUAUAUAUCCGGAAUGAUUUCCGGACGGGUACUGUUUUCAUAUUAGAUUUGUAUAUUUCCGAACGGGUGCUGUUUUCUUAUUAGUUUUUAUAUUGUUAGACAGGUGCUGUAUACAUUAUAUUGCUUUAUAAGUGCUGUAUAUUAUAUAAAAAAAAAUGUAAUUUAAAUCCCUCAAUAUGUGAUUAUCAUCUACUAUACCCUUCAUACAGGAGCAACCUAGGUAUGCUUUUUGUGCUGUAAAUAAGUACAUACAUGUACCUAUAACAUUUUCCAAAAGCGGGAAAGAAUCUUUCUGGCUCACACGUACCUCUCUCAGCUGUACAUUCUAAGAUGAUCACUGAAACUAACAGGUUGAUCCCAAUGCCGGCAGCCUAAUUUCUUAAAUAGCCUUAGCUGUUAAAUCCAAUAACCCGGCCAUUUCAAAAUAUUUGGUAUUAAAGCAGAUAUUUAACAUCAGGAAACAAACUACCUUGUUUCUCCUCGACUAUCAUUUUUUACCUUUACACGCGCUCGUAAGCGCGGAAUCACGUCCGUCUG